GACGCACACAGACAAUUGUUCUUCAAUCAUUUCUUCGUAUUCGGCCUCUUGCCCAACACAUGGUCCCAGCUACAGAAUCCAAAGAUGACAGCGCAGAAGCUGGUGCAUCUCCGUGGCUGGCAUUUGCAAGCCCUCCGAGUGGGACGUGCUUCAUAUUCUCGACUGCGCUGAAGUUGCUCUUAUUCCCAGCCUAUCGUUCGACGGACUUUGAAGUCCACAGAAACUGGCUGGCCAUCACUCAUUCUCUCCCGAUCUCCCAAUGGUAUUAUGAUACAACAUCAGAAUGGACACUGGAUUAUCCUCCGUUCUUUGCUUAUUUUGAGAAACUACUUUCCAUACCGGCCUCUUUCAUAGAUCCAAAAAUCGUCGACUUGAAUAACUUAAAUUAUGAUUCUUGGUCUGUUAUUGCAUACCAGCGCUUCACGGUGCUAGCUACAGAACUUGUUCUUGGAGCAGCUCUAUUAAGAUUCGUACGAGAUGCUGUCGACCCAAGGAUGCAGAGGAUCAUAUCUGCUUCCCUGUUUCUUCAUCCCGGAUUCCUUAUAGUCGAUCAUAUGCAUUUUCAAUACAACGGAUUUAUGUUUGGCAUCUUGCUUUGGUCUAUUCUUAUGGCCCGCAACGGAAACAGACUUGCUAGCGGUAUUCUUUUCGCUGUCCUUCUAAACUUCAAGCACAUCUACAUGUAUCUUGCACCAGCAUAUUUCGUCUAUCUUCUUGGAUCGUAUUGUUUUUCUUCAUCGGGGGAAAUCCAAAUCAAGAACUUCCUUUCACUGGCCAAUUCGGUCAUUGCGGUAUUUUUGGUGUCUCUGGGUCCCUUCCUUGUCAUGGGACAAUUGCCACAGCUUCUUAGUCGUUUAUUUCCAUUCACUCGUGGACUCAAUCAUGCAUAUUGGGCUCCAAAUGUAUGGGCGCUUGUGACAUUUGCUGAUCGUGUUCUCCUUCGAUAUGCACGAAGGGUCGGUGCCGACAUGGUUAUCAAUGAACCUGGUGUCAUAUCGGCGUCACGGGGACUAGUUGGAGACACCGUUUUUGCUGUUUUACCCAAUGUUCAGCCUAUCCAUACGUUCACGCUGACGCUUGCCUUUCAAUCGAUAGUGUUGUUGAAACUCUGGUCUAAUCCAACGUAUAAAUCCUUCUUGACCGCGCUGACGCUUUGUGGAUACGCAUCUUAUUUGUUUGGUUGGCAUGUUCACGAGAAAGCGGUAUUAUUGGUCCUCGUUCCUCUCAGCUUACUUGCUGCGGAAAGGCAAGCAUAUUUUCGGACAUUCAUGAUUGCCAGCGUAUCAGGGAUCUUUUCUCUCUUUCCUCUUUUGUUUACUCCGGCUGAGUCCCUGAUCGAAGUGAUAUAUUCUGCGCUAUGGCUCCUUUUCGUGUACCAACCAUUAUCACGUCGCGUUUAUGAGUUGCCGAAAUCACUGUUCUUUGUGAUCCUUGAUAUUCUCGAGAAGUUAUAUCUCGCGGGAUUCUUUCUGCUCCAGCUAUUUGUUACCUUCUACCCAAUGAUCACGGCAUAUACGCAGGAUUGUGGACCUUCGUCUGACAUACCUUGUGACGACUCGUCCUUGGCGAGAAUGGAAUUUUUGCCGCUUAUGACUACUAGCGUAUAUUGCGCUGUGGGAUUGGUCUGGGGUUUCUUGCGCUUGGUAUACAUAUAUUUGCACGAGGAGUCAACCUAUCAGAGCCAGCUUAGUAAAAUUUAAUACAGUUGUAUGCAUUUGUGGCAAGAUGACAAUGGCACCGGCAUUAUCAUAUGUUAAACGAAGAGGCAGCCAAGACUAGAACCGUGUAAACAGAACGGUACCGAAGAGACGAAGAUACCGCAGUUUCCGGGUUAGAUGUUGGAUAUGACAUUUGACCAAGAGGAAGGAGCCGGAUGUUGAUAGAAGCUGUGAAUGA